UUAUAAAUGGCCUCCCCGCCUCCUGCUUGUGCGCGCUCCCUGGGAGCGUGCAGCACUGCGAUCCGGUGCCAGCUGUGUCCUCCGGACACAGUGGCACACCGAUCAUUGGACGGGACCUCUGUACGAGGUCCCGAUCAUGUGAUCACUGAUUGGCCAAUCAGUGAUCAGAUGAAGAGUAGUGAAUGAUCACAGAGGUCACAUACCUUGUACCAUAUGACAAGCUGUGACCAAUCACAGCUCUCACAGUAGUUCUCAAUGGCUGCAGGAAUGCACCCUGAGAGAAUGAUAAAUGAUUGCUUUUACAGCCUUUAUGGGUGUAAAAGCAAUCAGUGUAAAACAAAAA